AGAGAGAGAGACAGCGCUCCGGUAAUCUCCCGUGUCACAAGAAUGGGGGGAGACGGGCACGUUCGGAACCGCCGGUACCGAGGGGCACCGCGGGCCCCCUGACGCCCCCGGGAGAGUGGACUCGGCUGCGUCGGAGGCACGAUGGGUCGCUUCGUGACGCCGCAGCAAACCGACGCGGCCCGGGCAGGUAAACGCAGCAGUCUCAGCAGCCUCACCUGCGAAGCUACAGCGGAGGACAGCGGAGCUCCUCGGCGGACACUUUGCUGACUGACAGACGCCGGGAGAGACGUACGGACGGACAACUCGGUGCACUUUUACCAUGGAGGAGAGCCGAGGAGAUUAACUUGCAGCGGCUUAUAGUAUCCGGAGAAAGGGAGAGCUGUCUUCACCAUGAUCCGCUGACAUUCCUGCUUCCUUUGGAGAGUGGUUAGACCAUCUCCUAACAGAACAAGAGGGGACGAGCAGAGAGGCCUUUUGUUCCUUUAUUUCAGUCCUCAGAUGGACCGAGUGCCCCCGGCACUGGCCGCUAAGAUGCGCUGGAUCACGCUGGUGCUCGCGGGCUUGACUUUCUGGGGCAAAGUGACUAUUUGCAACUGUUUCGACUACGAGGAGCCAGACUAUGAUUAUUAUGAGGAAGAGCGAGCGGAGACCAUUGACUACAAAGACCCGUGCAAAGCUGCUGCAUUCUGGGGCGACAUCGCUUUAGACGAAGAGGACCUGCGCAUGUUCCAGAUUGACCGGACGAUAGACCUCACACAGCACACGCACACAAACACACACUCCCGGCAGGGACACACGUCUGGUGGGCUGGAGGAACACGCCGUUUCUAAGAAAAGCGGAUCCUUAUAUCUGCUGCUUGAUAGAAUACGCAGGUUCGGCUUCGACUUUCUCCCCAAGAACUCCAGCGAGGGAGCUGCCAAUCCCAAGAGCCAAACUGAGAAAGGUGGGAAGACCGGGAACGUUGUGAAAAGCCGCAUCCGUCGAGCGGCCACAUCCCGCGCGGAGAGGAUUUGGCCCGGGGGAGUCAUUCCCUACGUCAUCGGGGGAAACUUCACCGGUAGCCAGAGGGCCAUGUUCAAGCAGGCCAUGCGUCACUGGGAGAAACAGACGUGCGUAACUUUCAUUGAGAAGACGGAUGAGGAGAGCUACAUCGUGUUCACCUACAGGCCCUGCGGGUGUUGCUCCUACGUCGGUCGUCGCGGCAACGGGCCCCAGGCCAUCUCCAUUGGCAAGAACUGCGACAAGUUUGGCAUAGUGGUGCACGAGCUGGGCCACGUCAUCGGCUUCUGGCACGAGCACACGCGGCCCGACCGGGACGACCACGUGACCAUCAUCCGCGACAACAUCCAACCAGGCCAGGAGUACAACUUCCUCAAGAUGGAGCCAGGCGAGGUCAACUCCCUCGGGGAGCCAUAUGAUUUUGAUAGCAUCAUGCACUACGCCAGGAACACCUUCUCACGAGGGAUGUUCCUCGACACCAUCCUGCCGUCCAGAGAUGAAAACGGGGUCCGGCCAGCUAUUGGCCAGCGAACCAGGCUCAGUAAAGGAGACAUUGCACAGGCAAGGAAGCUGUAUAGAUGUCCAGCGUGCGGAGAGACUCUCCAAGAGUCAACGGGCAACUUUUCGUCUCCUGGUUACCCGAACGGAUACCCUUCGUACACACACUGUGUCUGGAGAAUAUCUGUUACCCCCGGAGAAAAGAUUGUCCUUAACUUCACCACCAUGGAUUUGUAUAAAAGCAGUCUGUGUUGGUACGACUACAUCGAGGUCCGGGAUGGAUACUGGAGGAAAGCCCCCCUGCUCGGGAGGUUUUGUGGAGACAAAGUUCCUGAAGUCUUGAUCUCCACGGACAGCAGGAUGUGGAUUGAGUUUCGCAGCAGCAGCAACUGGGUGGGAAAAGGCUUCGCCGCCAUUUAUGAAGCGAUCUGUGGAGGGGAAAUAAGCAAAGACUCAGGACAGAUUCAGUCCCCCAACUACCCCGAUGACUACAGGCCGUCCAAAGAGUGUGUGUGGAGGAUCACUGUGUCCGAGGGAUACAACGUCGGGCUCAGCUUCCAGGCCUUCGAGAUUGAGAGGCACGACAGCUGCGCUUACGACUACCUGGAGGUUCGAGACGGCCCCCUGGAGACGAGCCCUCUGAUUGGUCGAUUCUGCGGCUACGACAAACCUGAAGACGUGCGCUCCACCUCGCACACGCUGUGGAUGAAGUUCGUCUCAGACGGCACGGUCAACAAGGCCGGCUUCGCCGCCAACUUCUUCAAAGAGGAGGACGAGUGUGCCAAGCCAGACAAUGGAGGAUGUGAACAGAGGUGUGUAAACACUCUCGGCAGCUUCAAGUGCGCCUGUGACCCGGGCUACGAGCUCGCUCCCGACAAGAAGAGCUGUGAAGCGGCAUGCGGCGGCCUCCUGUCCAAGCUGAACGGGACCAUCAGCACUCCCGGCUGGCCCAAAGAGUACCCGCCCAACAAGAACUGUGUGUGGCAGGUGGUCGCUCCCACUCAGUACCGCAUCUCCAUGCAGUUUGAGGCCUUCGAGCUGGAGGGAAACGAGGUGUGUAAAUACGACUUCGUGGAGGUGCGCAGCGGCCUCUCAUCCGACUCUAAGCUGCAUGGUAAAUACUGCGGCACUGAGGUCCCCGAGGUCAUCACCUCUCAGUACAACAACAUGAGGAUUGAGUUUAAAUCCGACAACACCGUCUCCAAAAAAGGCUUUAAGGCUCACUUCUUCUCAGACAAAGACGAAUGCAGCAAGGACAACGGCGGCUGCCAGCACGAGUGCAUCAACACAGUGGGCUCGUACGUUUGUCAGUGUCGCCAUGGCUUUGUGCUGCAUGAGAACAAACAUGACUGUAAGGAAGCUGAGUGUGAGCAUAAGAUCCACAGCCCCAGUGGGACCCUGAGCAGCCCUAACUGGCCAGACAAGUAUCCCAGCCGCAAGGAGUGCACCUGGGACAUCACCGCCACGCCGGGACACCGAGUCAAGAUAGCCUUCAAUGAGUUUGAGAUCGAGCAGCAUCAGGAAUGUGCGUACGACCAUCUGGAGGCCUUCGACGGGGACGGCGACACGGCAACCAUCUUGGGUCGGUUGUGCGGCAGCAAGAUCCCGGAGCAGCUGGUCUCCACCGGCAACAAGAUGUACCUCCGCUUCAUUUCCGACGCCUCGGUGCAGAGAAAGGGCUUCCAAGCGACACAUUCCACAGAGUGCGGCGGUCGGCUGAAAGCGGAAGCUCGCCUGAAGAACCUUUACUCUCACUCCCAGUUCGGGGACAACAACUAUCCGGGCCACACCGACUGUGAGUGGCUGCUGACGGCCGAGCAGGGCUACGGCAUCGAGCUGAGCUUCAUCACGUUUGAGGUAGAGGAGGAGGCGGACUGUGGUUACGACUACAUCGAGCUGUACAACGGGUACGACGCCAACUCACACCGGCUCGGCCGCUUCUGCGGUUCAGGGCCGAGGGAGGGAAUCUACUCACCCGGAAGUGCCAUGCUGAUCCGUUUCCAUAGCGACGACACAAUCAGCAAGAAGGGCUUCCACAUCCGCUACACGAGCACCAAGUUCCAGGAGACCCUUCACACCAGGAAAUGACCUCAGACCAAGCCUGCGACCUCUGACCUUUGCGCAGCCCCACGCCACCGUCACCCCGACCUUCACCGCGGCAAUGAGAAAAAAAGUACAGCCCGUCCGCUCUUCUCUGACCCCGCAGACGCGUUCGUGGUGACGUCUGUGGACGCUCGCCAGCGGCGGGAGGAAGGCGGCGCUUUAACGUGAACAUUCGAAACCAGACGGGUAAAAACGACGAGACGUCGAGGUUAAAAUAAAAAAACACACACACGCUUCGACAAAUGUGACGACACGACUGAGACGUUUCUGUGGAGGAGAUGGUUUUCAGUGUGGAUUCUAGCUGUGGCAAAGCAAACAUAUAAGAGAUUCAUAUAAACUAUCAUAAACUACGGAUGGGUGAGGAACAACAUGCAUCCAACCAGGGAGUUUGGAGACUUUUACGACUGCUUUGACUGCGGCUUACCGUGGUCGGACGGCUUCUCGGACCCACGGUAACUGAGAGGGAACUUUAAAUAGACAUUUUUAUUGCCUUUGACGCCCGGGAACUGGCCUCUUCAGCCCAGCUCAAAACGGCUGCAGAUGAUUUUAUUUCAUGUCUUAUUGUAAAACUCAUUGUGUUUACUGUGUGUGUGUGUGUGUGUGUGUACAGAGAAAAAGAACAGACAAAAGUCUGUCAUUUGCCCUUUUUGCUUAAAGCUUAUGCAGACGACCAUUGUUGUAUGGGAAAAGAAAUGGAAAAAAUGCUAAUGGGGAAUUUCCAAAUUAUUUGUGAUGUUAAUGUUAAGCCUUGCAUUGUGUGUGUGUGUGUGUGUGUGUGUGUGUGUGUGUGUGUGUGUGUGUGUGUGUGUGUGUGUGUGUGUGUGUGUGUGUGUGUGUGUGUGUGUGCGCGCGUGUGCGUGCGCGUGUGUGUCCAUGCUGUUUUUAAGUUUGCACCGUCUUGUAACAAACUUUCAUGGAUGUUUCCGGUCUCCACCUCACCCAAAAAUAAAAAAGUGAAUAUCGGAAAAGGGAAUAUUUCCAUAGCUGUCUCUCGGAACGACACCAUUCUGAUGGAAGGAGAGAUUCCCACGGUGCUAAAAAUAUAAAUACACUGUAAGAUCCGGUUUUUGGAGACACAGUCAGCGUGCAAACAGCACACUGCAUCGACAGCACGAGUCCUGUGGAACUACAAUGUUGCCUUAGAACCAAGAUGUAUGCUGUAGAUGGUCGCUCCUACGCUCCUGUGUCCGUGCAUUUCAUUGGUUUCGAGAGCUUGAAUGGUUUUAUUGUCAAAAAAACAAACAAGGGAAUUGUAGUCCGUACAUGAGAUGGAGUGUCAAUGAUGCAUGUGUGUGUUUUGUGUGCCCCUUUUUGUUGAGGGCUGCUCUCGGAGGUUCAUGCUUACACAUCCACAAAAACUCACUGUUGUGCGUUUUCCCAACACUCUCAGCACAGACAUUUCCCCUUUCUGUAUAUUUGGAGCGUGCCGAGCAGAGUGGUGUAAAGAUGAAGGAACAUCGAGGUGCACAAAAGAUGCAUUGUGUGUUUUGUUAAAAGAAAACGUGCAAGUGUGUGUUAUAGGUGAUUGUAGAGAAAAUAAUGCGCGUGUAUGUCUGUGAACUGUGCGUUUUUAAGUUGAAUCAUUCAUCGCUGUACGUGCCAAGCUCCAGGUGACCCUGAUCCACAGUAGUUUUUGUUUUAUCGUCCCACCUGUGUGUCUGUAGUUAAGGGGCGCUGACAUGACGUCCCCCGCAUCAGUCAUUAAAAUACACACAGGUAAAAACUACAAGCAGCUGUCUUUGGUGAAUGAAUUUAUGUCUUGAUAUAUAUUAUCCUAUACUUAUAAAAUACAUUUAAAAGUGUUUAAUGGCUCAGAUUAGGUCUGUUGUAAUCUAUUACUCUGUUUUCCACUAUCAGUCCAUUGGUUUAGUAAAUGAAAACUCGCUAAAAUAAUCUGUAAACCCGUUUUGAGUUUUUGUUGGACUGCAUUUCCUGUCGUUUCUACUCACUUAUUCUACCUCACCAGCCACGUUACGUGUUUGCUGUGGAGUCGGUGGUUCACAACUACAGUAAAUACUCUUCGAUGUUGAACUACAAUCAAUUUAUAAAUUCAUAACAUGUUUUAUUUAUUUAUGUAUCAAAAGUUACAUCUCACGGACAAUAUGCAGAACUGCUGUAGUAUAUAUCCAUUUAGAAACUGAGUGCAAUUAACAAUUGAAGGUUUUAUAAUCAGUGUGGUACCGUCAGACUCCACAUACAAGUCCAUAGUGUUCCAGCACCACCUGCUGGCAGCAGAAGGAAGUGUGGUUGGAACGCUACCUGGUGAUAUUUGAAUUAAUGUAAUUUAUCUGGUUUAAUGCACGUCGAAAAAAUACUCGAUUGCAUUUUAUGCAAUUUAAGGCAGUCGCCAAUAAAAUAGACAACGAUGUUUUAAAUAUGCUUGUUCACUACACCCAAUAAAGAAACCUGAGUGUA